UUAGACAUGUCUGAUGGAGGAAAUGCAAGUCAAGCUGGCUGAAUAAAACUAGCUAGCGUAGCCAGCUAGUAAGAUAAUAUUUAACCAACCGGACAACAAUACGCAUUUUCCCUAAGUAAAUAUGUAACGUCUUAUCAACUUGGUUAAAACAUAUCCUGAAAGAGCUGAACUAAGAGGAUUGAGGUGUGUGAGGUGAGGAUGGAGAACUCUGGCUAUGCAGAGAGCUUUCCUGACAUGCACGCGGCCACCAGCAGCGACGAGGACCUGGUGGAAAUCGCUGGGGCCACUCUGGAUUUCUCCAAUACCGAUGACGUGCCUCCUUUAGACCGGGAUUAUGGAUCAGGUGCAGGUGGAGCUGGGAAUGGACCUAAUGUGGUUCCUAAACUGAUGGACCUUCUAGAUGAGCCAGUGCCUGGAGUGGGCACUUACGAAGACUUCAACACUAUUGACUGGGUGCGAGAGAAGUCCAAGGACCGGGAUCGUCACAGAGAGAUUGCCAGUCAGAGCAAAGAGUCUACGUGGGCUUUAAUGAAGAGCAUCAGUGAUGCCUUCUCUGGUUGGCUCCUCAUGUUAUUGGUUGGAUUGAUGUCAGGUGCUCUGGCUGGUGGGAUUGACAUCUCUGCUCACUGGAUGACCGACCUGAAGGAAGGAGUAUGUCUCAUUGGCUUCUGGUUCAACCAUGAACACUGCUGCUGGAACUCCAACGAGACCACAUUCCAGGAGAGAGACAAAUGUCCGCAGUGGAAGAGCUGGUCCGAGCUCAUGCUUGGCUCCAAUGACGGGCCAUUUGCUUACGUCAUUAACUAUCUUAUGUAUGUGUGCUGGGCUCUGCUCUUCUCCUUCCUCGCAGUGUCUCUGGUUAGAGCCUUUGCUCCUUAUGCCUGUGGCUCUGGUAUCCCUGAGAUUAAGACCAUCCUCAGUGGGUUCAUCAUUCGUGGUUACUUGGGCAAGUGGACCCUGAUGAUUAAAACAAUCACUUUGGUGCUUGCUGUGUCGUCUGGUCUGAGUCUGGGCAAAGAGGGCCCAUUGGUCCAUGUAGCGUGUUGCUGUGGAAAUAUACUGUGCCAUCUUUUUACCAAGUACCGCAAGAAUGAGGCCAAAAGGCGAGAGGUACUCUCUGCUGCCGCUGCAGUCGGUGUUUCAGUGGCGUUCGGUGCUCCUAUUGGAGGAGUUCUCUUCAGUCUAGAGGAGGUGAGCUAUUACUUCCCCUUAAAGACACUGUGGCGUUCUUUUUUCGCUGCCCUUGUGGCUGCCUUCACACUGCGCUCCAUCAACCCGUUUGGAAACAGCCGGCUGGUGCUGUUCUAUGUGGAGUUUCACUCCCCUUGGCACCUUGUUGAGCUGUUGCCCUUUGUGUUACUGGGCAUCUUCGGUGGCAUCUGGGGAGCCUUCUUCAUUCGGGCGAACAUCGCCUGGUGUCGGCGGCGCAAAACCACACGUCUGGGCCACUACCCGGUCCUGGAGGUGCUGGUGGUGACCGCGCUCACAGCUGUGCUGGCCUUCCCCAACAGCUACACGCGCAUGAGCACCAGCGAGCUCAUUUCAGAGCUGUUCAACGACUGCAGCCUGCUUGACUCCUCCCAGCUAUGCAACUACGAUAACGCAACCAACAUCAAGACCAACAGCAACACCCUGCCCGACCGACCUGCCGGCCACCAAGUCUUCACCGCCAUGUGGCAACUGGCGCUGGCGCUCAUCUUCAAGAUGCUCAUCACCGUAGUUACCUUUGGCAUGAAGGUUCCUUCAGGUCUGUUCAUCCCCAGCAUGGCUGUGGGGGCGAUUGCAGGAAGGCUGCUGGGCGUGGGCAUGGAGCAACUGGCAUAUUACAACCAUGACUGGGUUAUCUUUAGGGGCUGGUGCUCACCCGGGGCAGACUGCAUCACACCAGGCCUUUACGCGAUGGUGGGAGCUGCUGCCUGCUUGGGUGGUGUAACUCGGAUGACGGUCUCCCUGGUGGUCAUUAUGUUUGAGCUGACUGGAGGUCUGGAGUACAUUGUGCCCCUAAUGGCUGCCACCAUGACCAGUAAAUGGGUGGCGGACGCACUGGGCCGCGAGGGCAUCUACGAGGCCCACAUACGUCUGAACGGUUACCCGUUCCUAGAGCCCAAAGAGGAGUUCAGCCACAAAACACUGGCCAUGGACGUUAUGCGGCCUCGUCGUAGUGACCCCCCGCUCUCGGUCGUUACACAGGAUGGCAUGAGCGUAGAGGAGGUUGAGACUCUCAUCGCUGAUACAUCUUACAGCGGCUUUCCCGUGGUGGUCUCGCACGAGUCACAGAGGCUGGUGGGCUUUGUGCUGCGCCGGGAUCUCGUCAUUUCCAUCGAAAAUGCUCGGCAACGACAGGAAGGCGUGGUGAGCACAUCACGGAUUUUCUUCACCGAGUACACUCCGCCCCAGCCCCCUAGCUUCCCCCCUCCCCUGAAGCUACGUGGCAUCAUGGACCUCAGCCCCUUCACAGUUACCGAUCACACCGCCAUGGACAUUGUAGUGGACAUCUUCCGCAAACUUGGGCUGCGCCAGUGUCUCGUCACUCAUAAUGGACGCUUACUGGGAAUCAUCACCAAAAAGGACAUUUUAAAGCACAUGGCUCAAAUAGCCAACCGUGACCCAGACUCCAUCCUGUUCAACUGAAAGCUGGCUUUUAUAAUCUCACCUCCUUUCCGAUGUGUCCUCUCCCAAAAAAAAAAAAAACCCUGUUUGAUUUGCACUACAGAUAUUAGUGCUAGGUUGAGAGCGCACUCACACUGUGAUGGCCGUUUUCAGUGCCAAGAUGGACACUUUAUGCACUACGGCUUAAUCGUCAAACUUGAGCAGAUGAUGACCAAGUCCUGGUUUCCAAGUUGCAAGUAGCCAAUGUCGGUGUCAUGACAUAUCAUAUGACUAUCAGUUCAUCUUGAAGGAAAAGAAGAGUGGGGAGUUAAUUGAGUGGAUAUGCAUGCACAAUCCCAAUCAUAUCAAUUUCUUAAUGUAGCUAAAGUGUGUUGAAAUUCCUACAAAAUGAGGAAAAUUUUGAGCUAAAUCUGUGAUUCUGUCUUUUUUCUUUCUUUUUUUUUUAUACAGUUCACAGAUGUGUGUUUUGCAGAUACAUUACAAACAAUUAAUGACUAAUCUCAGCUUAAUAAUUUGCAAUAUUUUAGUCAUUAGUUUUGCCAUAACUUUAAUGAACUAGCUAAAACCGAGCAUCAGGUAACCCCGAGGGGAUGUCUGUGUUUGUUUGUUUGGGUCCUGCGUAAAUGUUCUCAUGUUCUCGCCUUUCCGUUGUAUGUUUAAUGUCUUGACAUAGCUGUGACUUCAGCUUCUUGAACUUGUAGCUCAUUGGUUUUGGAGUUUGAAGAGAAACAGGUUUACAGCAUUGUGAAAUAUGUGAAUGAGUUGAUUUGAAGGGCACUCCCCAUCCCAACCCCUUCCUCCCAUGAAGGGUUGGUUUGCACAUUCAAGCAUUCAGAAUCUUUUCUGGUUUUACCCCCCUUAUGAAUCUGCAGGGCAGCUGGGCAUUCCACUUGUUCGAUUUAAUUGGUUGUUUUGUGGCGUCGCAUGGAUUUACAGCUGGGUAUGACUGACUGUUCUGCCCUGUUGCUUGACCACUGUUGUCCUUUUGAUUAUUAUACAUUUUUCUUUCUUUGCUGGAAAUCUCUUUAGCAGUUACUUCUGUUGUUGAUUUGUGUUAUUUAUGUGAUGUUAAUCAGCACGGCCUAGCUGCCAUGCACCAGUUAUAAACUUUUGGUUUCAUUGUUAUACAUUCUUCUUCAGGUGUGUUUAGACAGUGUAUGAUCAUUUGUCGCGUUGGCAUCUCCACUUGUUUAAAACAAUAAUAAUUAAAAAUAGAUAUUGUAUUACGCUAUAUUCCUCAGGAUAUGAUUUAUGCAUGGUUGGAGACUUUAAUCAUAUUUUAACCACAACCCUAAUCUCAGUGGUUUAAGAUGAAACUAUUUAAAAUAUACAUCUUAUCUUAUCCAAAGCACUGUAUAUAAUAUUUAGUCAAAGGAAACAAUGGUUCUAGGUGUAUGAGCGUUCUCCUGACAUGUUCUUGAUGGCUGCCUGUUGAGUUUGUUUACCUGACGCCGCUCUCAAUCAGGUGCAUAAGCCAACUCGUUCAUUGUUUACGUCCUCCAAAGACACAUUCAUACAUUUUACAUUAAGUUGUUCCUAAAUCCAUCAAGGGCUAGGGUUAAAGCCGGUACUUAUGUACACAACACCUGAUUUCCUUAUCAGGUUUCGUCUUUAAUAAGGUCGGGAGCUCUUUAAGGAAAUCCUGUUGGAUCUGCCCCUUUAAUCACAGCUGUCCUCGUGUACCAGGGUCAUACAUCAUCCCAUGUCAUGUGUGUCAUCCCAUCCCUUUUCACUUACCGUGGACCUCACUUAAAUUAUCUGGAUAAAUCACAAGGCCACUUUUUUUUUGCCAAGCAGUCUAUUUGAGUAUUAUGUACUUGUGAGGUCUUAAAAAAUGUAAUGUCUUUAAUCAGUUGUUUGUACUUGUUUAAUUAUCUGAUCCAUGCUUGUUUAUAUGUGUUCUUCUAAAAUAUGAAUGUAUCAUUAUCACAGUAAUUUAUUCAUUAACACUCAUAAGGCAAGUUGU